AAAAAAUAUGGGCGAGGAAAAAUGAUGGAAAGCAAUCCAAUGGCCGUAAACGGUGCAAUUGUCUUGCAGGCUAUUCCGUGAACCUGAUCCGUCGAUUUUGAAAAUCAGUUAAUGCAUUUCAAAUAAAGAGACGCCUUCGGGAUCGAGUUGGGCUUGAACUGAUUUGUUUUAGACUAGUAAAAACAACAAACCCCAAAAACAUCCAUGGCGGAGGAAGGAACUGAUAACGCUGUCAUUGCUUCUGAAAAUUGCGAAGACACUGCAGAGAAGAGCAGUGUCGGGGAGGAGGCAGCUACCCGGGACAGUACGACGGAUGUUUCCAUGGAUUUAGAAACUCCUGAAAAUGCAAGCAAGAGACCGAGGGAGGAAGACCCACAAGAAGAUAAUGAUAAUGGAGAUGGCCCUUCUAAGAAACAGAAGACAGAGGAGCCUGAUGGGUCUCAGCAAGAUGGUGCAGAGAAGUCUGUGGAGGAGGCCAGGCUCGAUGUCACAGAUGCCCAAGAAGGAGACGGAGGGAAGGAUGGCGAGUCCUGUAAGGCAGAAGGAAAAGAGGAGGAAGUGGAGGGUGAUGAACAAAUUGAAGGUGACGGUGGCAAGGUUAAGGAGGAGAAAGUGGGUCCUGUGAAACUCGGCCCCAAAGUCUUUGACACCUCCAAGGAGAUGUUUGAUUAUUUCUACAAGUUUCUGCAUUAUUGGCCACUCAAUCUCAAUGUCAAUAAGUAUGAACAUAUGGCAUUACAGGAGUUGCUUAUUCAAGGUCACCACGAAUCAGAUAAGAAAGUUGGUCCUGGCAUUGAAGCAUUUCAGAUUCGAGUCCAUCCAGAGUUUCAGAGUAGAUGUUUUGUCUUGAUAAGGAAGGAUGACACCAUAGAUGACUUCAGUUAUCGCAAAUGCGUAGAUAGCCUACUCCCACUGCCAGAGAACAUGAAAACAUCUGGAAAGAAUCUUGGGUCAUUUGAUCAAAAGAACAGUAAUAAAUCAAAACAAGGCCGAGGUGGCUGGGGUGGUGGAAGAGGUGGAGGCGGUCGAGGUGGCAGGCAUGGUGGUAAUCAUGGCAGGCAUGGUGGUCGCGGAAGGGGUCGUGUACAUGGAACUGCAGGUACCUGUUAAUACGCACAGUACAUAGAACUGUAGAUCCACAUUCAUUCUUGGACUGUAUCUGCAUCAUUUUUGCUCAAAUAAUCUGUUGAGGAGACUGUUUGAAAAGGAAUGGCAAUUUGUAACCUACUUCUUUGUAUGAAGAUGGAUCUGUAUUAUUUCUGAGUACUUACUAUGCUUAAUGCAUAUGACUAUGAGUAAGGUGCAUCUAUUUAAAUGACCAAAUGCUUUAUGUAUAUGAGUAUGGUGCAUAUUUUCAAAUGAUGUUACUUCUUGUAAAGCAUCGUGAUCUUACUGAUGUGUCUAGUGGCUGUUAUAUAUUAUCUUUAUCGAAGGUCUCUAGACAAUGAGAUUGAGAUGACAUGGCUAAUGUAAUAGGAUUUAUUGACAAUACAAAUUCUAAUUUAAAACAUACAUAAAGGGGU